AUGGCUGGCUGCAAGGUGGUCUUCCACACUGCUUCUCCGUUUACAUCGAAAAUUACCGAUCCUCAGAAAGACCUUGUUGAUCCUGCUAAGUUAGGAACAAGAAAUGUGUUGCAUACAGCAAACAGGACGGAAUCAGUGACUAGGGUUGUAUUGACCAGCAGUUGCGCUGCAAUUUAUGGAGAUAACAAAGACCUCCUUUCGCUUCCAAAUGCUACUGUAGACGAGACAGUUUGGAACCAAACUUCGUCCUUAACUAAUAAUGCUUAUUCUUAUUCUAAAACAUUGGCAGAAAAAGAGGCAUGGAAAGUAAGCGAGAAUCAAGACAGGUGGGAUCUUGUUGUUCUCAACCCCAGUCUUGUUUUUGGGCCAGGAUUAAACCCGAAUGCCACAUCCGAAAGUUUUAGUAUCAUGAAAGCGUUUGGAGAUGGUCAGAUGAAGUGGGGUGUACCGGAUAUUGGUGUAGGUAUCGUUGACGUGAGAGAUUUGGCUGAGGCCCACUUAAGGGCGGCAUUUGUACAAAGUGCCCAUGGUCGAUACAUCAUAUCUGCCCACAACACCUCCUUCUUAGAGAUUGGGAAGGCAUUAUCACCUGAAUACGAUUCUUAUCCAAUCCCGAAAAGUGCAGCUCCAAAAUUUUUGAUUUGGUUGAUCGGCCCGUUGGUCGAUAAAAACUUAACGAGGAAGUAUGUUUGCGAUAAUAUCAAUUAUAAGUGGAAGGCAGACAAUUCAAAGGCCAUUGGAGAAUUCCAGCUUAAGUACAGACCCCUCAAGGAUACCGUGUGUGAAUUUUUCCAACUGUUAAUUGACAGUAAGCAAAUUUAA